AUGACUGAAAGUUCUUCAGUGAAAUCUUCUGAUCCAUCUCAUCACCCAGAAAAUGCCGAGGCACGGAAGCACGAGGUUCUGUGUGAGAUUAUCCAACAGUUGAACCAGCAGCAAGAUGAACAAUUCCUGGAAUUCCCCAGCAUAGAGCCUGAGCUUGCAGAUGAGAUUCUCGAUUAA